AAGUGGGGGUCACGCCUGCUCCGCACCGUGGAAAUCCUCCCCAGUGGUAAAUGCUGUCUCCAGUCCACUGCAUGUGCGCUGCCACAUAUCUGCCCACUCUCACUUUCCUUACUUUGGUGCUCAAUUUCCCCUCGGUGCCGGGCUACCGUGCAACAAGUUUUGCAGGAGAAUCAGUGUGCAGUCACACAGGUUCACUGGAGCAAAGUGGGGGGGCUCCACUCGUCCAUCUAUCUGCCGCUGUCGCCACAGAGUCACAGUACGCGAACGGCGCGUCGCAGGCACACUUGCACUCAUUUACGCACACAGAACCGUGUGCCACAAAUUCGUGACUGCGCGCCAGAUGCAGUUUGCUCCCCACAGCGCGUGUAGUUAAAUGGAGACCGCAAGAGGAGCAUCAAGGUGCGUGGAGAAAAUGGAGAAAGCGGCGCCUCAGAAGCGACAGCAAAGCCGCACAACGGUGCUCAACAUCCUCUCCUCUCUGUGUUCCGUGGCGUCCGUCGCCUUCUGCAUUCUUCUCAGCAUUAACGCGGCCGACAUCCAGAACCGAGUUGUGGAUUUGGAGAGCGGGGGAGGCGAGCAGCCGGUGAUCCGAGCCCCGGGUUACUCCACGGAUGAUUUAAAUUCCCUGAUUCAGCAGAGAGUUAAUGAGGUGCUCUCGCAGCACUCCUAUGAAAAUUAUGUCAAGAUUCGGACUGCGAGACAAGCAUCACCUGAAUGCAACUGCCCACCAGGACCUCCAGGAAAGCGAGGAAGAAGAGGCCGCAAUGGAGAACCUGGACCUCCUGGCCCUCCAGGUCUGCAGGGUGAAAAGGGGGAUCAAGGCGACCAAGGACCACGGGGAUUGCCUGGUCUCCCUACACUGGCUGCUUUGCACAGCAAUCAGAUCCUGACUGUCAAGGGAGAUCAGGGGCAAGCGGGACCACCUGGGCCCCCAGGGCCACCGGGACCUCCUGGGCCCAGAGGGCCUCCAGGGGACACUGGCAAAGAUGGGCCUAGAGGUGUGCCUGGUCUACCAGGUGAUCCAGGGGAGACUGGAGAAACAGGACCUUCGGGUCCUGAGGGGCCAGAAGGGCUAAAGGGUUCCCUCGGGCCUCCUGGCGUUCCAGGCGUUGAUGGACUGAAGGGGGAUAUUGGCAUCCCAGGACUGGACGGUGUCCCUGGAGCCAAGGGUGAAAUGGGAGAGAGAGGUGAAAAGGGUGAUCUGGGUGAAGAAGGACCGAAAGGCGAUAUAGGCGAGAAGGGAGAUGCAGGUUCCUCUGCAGCCGGCAUUAAGGGUGAACCUGGAGAGCCUGGGCGAGGUGGACACAAGGGAGAGCCAGGACUUCCAGGGCUGCCUGGACUCCCAGGGAUAAAGGGUGAGCCUGGAUUCCUAGGCCCCCAGGGAGAACCAGGACUUCCAGGCCUCCCAGGGACUAAGGGUGAGCGAGGUGAUCAUGGGCCACCAGGAAAGGGUGAGCGAGGAGAAAUCGGCCCUUUCGGACCAAAGGGUUCACAAGGAGAGGCUGGUACACCUGGUUUUAAAGGGUCAAAGGGUGAGACUGGAGAUAAAGGAGAUUUGGGAGCCGCUGGCCUGAAGGGGCCUCCUGGGCAGAAAGGCGACCAAGGGGUGACAGAAAUCAUCGACUACAACGGAAACAUUCAGGAGGCUUUACAGAAGAUUACCUCUAUUACAGUAACGGGUCCUGCUGGGCCUCCAGGGCCAAUUGGACCACAGGGUAUAAAGGGGGAUCGUGGUAUGCCUGGUCUCCCUGGACUCGAUGGAGAGCGAGGCUACAAAGGUUCAAAGGGAGACAUGGGGAUGCCUGGAGCUUCAGGGGACAAAGGAACAACUGGUUUACCUGGGCUCCCUGGUAUCAAUGGAGCCAAAGGUGAAAAGGGAGAUUUAGGGCUACCUGGUCCUCAGGGUUCUUCAAUCAUUGGCCCUCCAGGGCCAUCAGGGCCUCAUGGACCACCAGGACCCAUGGGACCCCAUGGUUUCCCAGGACCAAAGGGUGAAGCCGGGCUACAUGGUGUGAAGGGUAUAAGAGGGGAGCCAGGACACAAAGGCGAUCGUGGACCUUUGGGUCUCCCUGGAGCCUCCGGCUUGGACGGCAAGCCCGGAAUUAGGGGCAUGGAUGGACCUACAGGUCCAGCUGGUCCUGCUGGGCCAAAGGGUGACAUAGGUGAGAAAGGAGCACAGGGCGAGCCAGGGCCAAGGGGACCUUAUGGACUUCCUGGAGCUCCAGGAACACCAGGCUUGGACGGGUUACCAGGCUUAAGGGGCGAUAAAGGCGACGUUGGGGAAAGAGGAGAAAAGGGGGAGAAGGGAAAGAAGGGCAAAAAAGGGCCUAAGGGCGAGAAAGGAGAACAGGGUGCCCCUGGAUUAGAUGCACCCUGCCCAUUGGGCCCAGAUGGUUUACCAAUGCCUGGAUGCUGGCAGAAGGGAGUCACGCCAUGGCUGGUAGCCUGAAAAGUCCCCAGAAAGUAAAGCUGUUGGUUGUUGUUGCUUUAUUUUGGUGAUACCUGCGAGAGGCUCUGAUAUCAGCAGGGUUUUUUUUCACCGUCGCACUCGUGGCUCGGCGUCGUCAGUGUGAUGUCACCUCACCGAAUGAGGGUCUGACAUUUGGACAAGUCUGCCGCUGGACGCCCCUCUCAGAGCGGGGAAAUGGAUUCUGAGACUCAUCGGUGUGUGUGUGUGUUCCAACCUGCAAACGCUUCGGGGCCUGAACUGAGAGCGUCAACAGAACGCAACCAUCUUUCUGUCUUUCUUGUUUGCUCUCAUUCUUAAAACAUUGUAUUUUUGUGUAUAAUAGCCUUCGGUGCCUCAAGCUUUUAUUCAUUCCUUUAUCAGAAAUGUACAUCUUUAUAUCAUAUUUUUAAUUAUUGGAAUGGUUUUUAUUUCAGAAGGUUAAGGUUUGUUUGGUUUUAUGUAUGUGUAUGUAUACAUGUAUGUAUACAUACACAUAUAAGAAAGUUUGUGAUUAUUGUAAAGACAUUGUGCUUUGUUUUUCCUCGUAUCAUUUUGUUUUUUAUGAUGUUAAAACGCAGUAUGAUUGUGUUCUUGUACAGCCUCUGAUCUUACGAGCUCUCGCUGUUUGUGCAAAACAAAAACCAUUGCAGUUUUCAGUUAAGCUGCUCAUUCACUCUGGACUUAUUCUAUGGAAGGUUCUUUAUAAGGUGUUGUCACUUCCCCCGCUGCAGGUACACAAGUUACAAAAAUCGUAAAAGUUUAAAAUAUCAGGAAUCUGACAGAUUAUCUCCCUCCCACAAGCUAAAUUUGCUUUAUUAUAAAAUAAUAAUUUUAAAAAAUGUAUCGGUGUUUCCCUAACCUCGAAAAUGAUGGUGUUCUUAAAUGUCUUGUCUACCAAACAAAAUUCUUAUUAUUUUUUAAAUGAUUUCUUUGUUAUAUUGAGCAAAGAAAACAGAAAAUAUUCACAUUUAAGAAGCUGAAAAAUCAUAGGGCUUGUUUUAUUCAUUUUUAUCAAAAUAGGUGACGACUAAUUUAGUAAUCGAUUAAUAAUGGAUCAAUAACCUAAACAUAACAAUUGGAAUAUGAGUGAAGGGGCCCUAUUAACAUAUAUCACUUAACAUAACCAGUGUUAUUUGGAUUCAUUUAAAUACUGGGAUGAAUAACUAAGGCCUUGUGUAAAGACUGCAGCCCAAAUCGGAUAUUUAAGCAUAUCCAGAUUGUAUCUAGCUUGUUUUUUUGGCAACUCAAACUGAAGUGUCUUCCCCCAGGAUUCCGCUGAAUGCGUAUCCAAUGCAUAGCAACUCUCUCAUGGCAUUGGAAGUAAUAUGCAUCCACCUCAGUCAAUGUUUCUGCAUCCACCAAUUCGGUUUGUGUCGUUGUUCCUGUAGAAAAAAGGAACACAAUGCUUCAAUUCAGCAGAAUUCAGCACUGCUCCCUGUUUUGACACCAUACUGAAUUUAGACGCAUUCAGUGGAAUCCCGUCGUUCUGCGUCCCUCGACAACUACAACGAUGACGUAGAUUUAGAGAGACGGAAGUUGAUUGGAGGUUCUUUAAAUCAUCAACACAGUUUGAAGUAGUUUGAAUCUCAUUGGGAAUAAAUCUGCCCCCUGUGAAAAGCCCGUAGCUGACUUUGCGUGGCCUAUUUACACCACUGUAUUUUAACGUUGGUGAUAAUGGUGUUACUUGGAGAGCUCAGUAUUUUCUCAGGUGUUUCUUGAUAUAAAGAGUUUGAGAACCACUGGUUUAGACUACUUGUUUGUCCAAGGUGUGGCCUGUAAUUAUAGAAAUCCAUGUGGAAGACUAGACUAGACAAUGUCAAUAUGGACACACAGAUCGGAUCGGAUCGCUUGCAGUAUAUAAUGUGAACAGUUGGUCAGGAAGAUCAGAUUCUGUUCGAUAUGCUUACAAAUCUGAUUCGGGCUGCAGGCUAAACAAGGCCAUAGUAUUGAAGACAUCGGUAUAGUAGCUCCGAGGCUUGGGCUUCAGGGCCCCCUGAGCCCUUGGGCCCCAGGGUGUCAGUCGUCAGACAAAGGUAGUUUUAUGAAAUAGAACCAUCUCAUGCUACACAUAAUGUAUUGUCUUAAAGUAGAGGAUGCGGCGCCAGGAAAAAAGCUGAAAACAGUCGGUUUCCGUGAAUCAAAAAAAAAACCACAAGCUAAAAGGUGGCCAGUUAUGUCACAUUCCAUAUCAUGCGGAGCAAAAACUAAAUGGAGUAGAAAAGUAGCUCGAUUUAUCUUUCACCUGCAUUGGAAUUGCCCCCUGAUGUAGUGGGUGCUACGCAAGGUCAACACAGUACGUCUUCUCUUUGCUGUACAUGUAAGAAAAAAAACAUAUACUAUAUAUGCAUGAGCGACUUUACUGUUAAGAGCGGAUGAAAAAUACCAACAUUUUGUUGUGAUGUACCUGUAACCACACGGUGGAGAAGAUUCCAACCCACAUGGUUUCGGUUUGAAAGUACAGUUUAUCUCAUUGUUAUCAAAGGUGCUUCACUGAUAUGGCGCUUUUCCAUUAUACAGUUUGAGCACUAUCGGGCAUGUCGUGUUCCAGUACUUUAUACCUCUUCAAUGUGGGCGGGGUCGUCAUUGCAUGACACAAACUAGUGACAUUUUUGUCUUUAAAAAGAUCAUUAAAAAGAUUAGUUCAAUACUUCCUGCAUGACUGGAGCACAGACCUUGUCUAAAUGUUGGAGAUCAACAUGUUUUCAUGAUUUUUAAGUAGUACUAUUCGGCAUUGUCCGGUUUGAUUCUUGUGUCAGACAUCGCGCUCAUGACUCUUCCAGUGACGACACUCUCUGGCCAAUCAGUGGCCAGCGGUCUGUUGACGUCACAUUUUAGUAUCAGCUCAGCUCUCUUGGAACCUCGCCAGAGCAGGUACCAAAAAAACACCAGUUACCAGUUACUGCCCCCUAAUGGAAAAGCAAAGAAAUUGGUCACACUGAGCCAUGGCUGAACUGUAUCAUGGAAAAGCGCUAAUAGUGGCAAGAACAACACAACAGGUUUCUUUAUUGUUGUUGGGCUUUUAUUUCUUGUGCAUAUACGUACAUAUGUGUGUGUAUUUUUUUUGUCUCAGUUUUUUUAAGCGGUACGUUAUUUAUUUCUUUUCCCUAUUAUUUCUUAAGUGAAGGCAUUUCGGUUUCUCGACAGCAUUCCUUUCAUUCGUCUCCAUCACGUGCAGCGGAUUUUGGAUCACGCUAAGACGUCGUGACGCAGACGCGCAACAGGCUCUCAGUGCGAAGGCGUGUUCACGUCAGAUCAUUAGCUAUCCGUGCACUGCGUCUGCUUUUCUAUUUAUGAUUCAGUGUGUCAGAGAGGUUACCAUGACAACAAAGCGCUCACGGGCUGAAUGCUGACGGGGCUCAGCUCAUGUCACCGUGUUAAACAUCGCAGCUUUCUGUCACUCUUUCUCUUUUCUUUCUUUUUUUGCAUUGAAUGUAGUUUGAUAUAUGUAUAGUUGAUCAUUAAUGUACUGUUAAAAAUGUGUGUGCUCAUUUGGAAAUAAGUGCAAUUUAUACUUUGGUCAAUAUGUGUGGCAUCAAAUGCAGCUGAAAUGUCACAUCACAACUGUGAUCUGUGGAGCUCCAUUUGUUCAGUCCUGCGACGCUGUAUACCACUAUACCUGCAAACAUGGACAAACAUUUCAUUGAAAUCUCAAUUUCUUUUCUCUGUUUUUUCCUUCCCUUUUUAAAGUGUUCUUUCCAUUACUUUGUAUUAACGGAGAUUUUUGCAACGCGUUUCUUUUUUUAAAUUCUUGUGUUUGACAAACCCAGCCGUUGUUACGAGUUGCUGUAUCUUUAACAUGUGCAGCUAAUUUUCAAAAUGUAUUUUUGUAUUUGGUUGACAUAUUUGUUGUGUUUAACAUUUAGAUGAUUCUGCCGCGAGCAGAAGUGCCAACAUUUCUUUCCGUGUCAGUAUUAGCAAGAGCAAGCAGCUCUGAAUAUCCCACAUCUGGGCGUUUGUCACCAUUUCAAAAUGUUUCCUCUGAAGAAUGAGUAAUAUAUACACUCAUAACCAACCUUCUAGUUAUGAAUCCUUUUCAGAAUAAAUGUUAUGAGAGUCAAAGAGCGUAAUUCUUUUAAUAUCUCACACUCCAAAGCCUUUAGUGCACUGCAGCCUUACUUAGAUAAUUAAAAUCAAUAAAACAAAUGUUUCGUUUGUCCAAAAUAAACACCAUUGUGGUACAAAAUCAAAAAUAUCACACUAAAUCUACUUUGUGACUUCUCUUUAAGUUACAACUUCCUUUUUUCUUUAGUUGUGGCACAAUAUACUGUAUGUUUUGGUUUAUGUAAUGCAUUUGUGUUUUUCUUUUGUUUCUUUUUUUACCCACUUGAUUGAAGACCCUCGAGUUCACACACUAUUAUAUUUCAAGAUGACAUUUAAUAUGACUGUACCAUUGGAGCCAAAUAAAUGCAGUCUUUCAAAUA